AUGGAACCCUAUCAAAGUAUUUUAGAAGAUUUACUACAAACAACUCCAGUUGAAGUAACACCUUUUCCACUUCCUUAUGAACCUAAUAUGAAGCCUGAAAGAAAAUUUGAGAUUCUUUGUAAUGCUUUGAAUCGGAUUAAGCAUUUUAACAAUCGACUUUUGUUGCUUGUUCACUUAUAUUAUUUGGGUCGAUUUUUGGAAAAGGAGACUGAGUCUAGUGUGCAGCGCAGUUACUUUGUGCGACAGUUAACUGCACAUUACAGGACCUCUGCUAUUAGGAUUUUUUAUAUUUUCGAAAUUCCAGGAGCCAAACAAAUUAUGAGAACUAAAAAGACCAACGUAACAUUGUUGAGAGAACUUAACACUCAAGAAUAUCAAGGUUUAGUUCUACGAGCUUCGGAAAUUUUCAACGGAGUUGAAAAUUAGGGAGGGGAUGAUGUCAUGUCGGCGAUCAUCAUGUGCCACUCCGAAAUUGAUCGAUGUUGCAAAUGUUUUUGGUUAUGAUCAACGUAUUGAACAUGUUAGUCAUAUUAUACAUAGUAGUAAAUAUAUUAAAUUUCUUCGUAUAUGUAUAAUUUAUUAUAAAUAUAGGUCAAUUUUCUUGUUGUAAUGUUAGGGAAUAAAUAAAGUUUU